CAGUCUAGACUGUCACUAUCAGGCUUGUAGUAUUUACUGGUGUGAGGAUUCUGACAUUCUGCUAGCUUCUCUUAGCUUUAAUAGAGCAACCUGCAACCAGAACUCGCUGGGAUUGUAGAGAACCUAGGAGCUGUAGAAACUGGCGCUGUAGGAGAACGACUAAGAAUGGGCUAUGUCUUAGCCCCAGGGUUUUGGUGAGGACUGUAAAGCAAACUUCCUAAGAUGCCUAGGUUUCAACAAAUGUAAGAAGUCCGGAGAUAGCGGGAGCCCUUUUUUGCACACCGGCCACUCCAGCGCUGGGGUCUCCCAUUCAAGGAGAAACACGGAAAAAAAGUCUCUCGAAUAACUCCUAGUUCUCAGACCAGACCAGCUCGCUCCAGCUACUUCUUCCUGCCCUCACCCCACCGCCACCGGGACAGCGACUACCACCCUUCCUCUGCGUCUGGGUGGAGGGUAAGGACAGAAGCUGACCAAGACCGCCCCUCCCGACCAGGAGGUGGAGAUCCCACGGGUCCUGCGACUCGACACCCACUUCCUCCUCCCUCUGCCCCUAUAUCACCAGCACCCCCUCCUCCUUCCCCUUUCCCUCCUCCCAGGAGACAGGGGAGGAGAAAAGGGGAGCUCGGGUCGUCAUGACUGAGCUGCAGGCAAAGGAUCCGCAGGUUCUCCACACGUCUGGCGCCGGGCCCUCCCCCACACACGUCGGGUCCCCCUUGCUUGCACGCUUGGACCCGGGUCCCUUCCAAGGGAGCCAGCACUCAGACGCGACGUCUGUACUUUCACCUAUACCGAUCUCCCUGGACGGGCUGCUCUUUCCUCGGUCCUGCCAGGGUCCGGAGCUCCCAGAGGGAAAGACAGAGGACCAGCAGUCGCUGUCCGACGUGGAGGGAGCUUUCUCUGGAGUAGAAGCCACUCAUAGGGAAGGAGGGAGAAACUCCAGAGCCUCGGAGAAGGACAGCAGACUCUUAGACAGUGUCUUAGACACGUUGUUGGCGCCCUCGGGGACCGAGCAGAGUCACGCCAGCCCUCCAGCCUGCGAGGCCAUCACGUCUUGGUGUCUCUUUGGGCCAGAACUUCCAGAAGACCCCCGCAGUGUCCCUGCUACCAAAGGGUUGUUGUCCCCGCUCAUGAGUCGGCCAGAGAUCAAGGCUGGCGAUAGCUCCGGGACAGGAGCAGGACAGAAGGUGCUGCCCAAAGGACUGUCACCACCCAGGCAGCUGUUGCUCCCGACCUCCGGGAGUGCUCACUGGCCCGGGGCAGGGGUGAAGCCGUCCCCGCAGCCAGCUUCAGUGGAGGUGGAGGAGGACAGUGGCCUGGAGACCGAGAGCUCUGCAGCUCCGCUUCUAAAGAGCAAACCUCGAGCACUGGAAGGCACGGGCAGCGGAGGAGGAGUCGCAGCCAACGCGCCCUCAGCGGCCCCAGGAGGCGUCACCCUGGUCCCCAAGGAAGAUUCCCGGUUUUCUGCUCCCAGGGUCUCCUUGGAGCAAGAUGCUCCUGUUGGCCCCGGGCGCUCCCCACUGGCCACCACAGUGGUGGAUUUCAUCCAUGUGCCCAUCCUGCCUCUGAACCACGCACUCCUAGCUGCCCGCACCCGGCAGCUGCUGGAGGGGGACGGCUACGACGGCGGGGCCACAGCCCAGGGCCCUUUUGCCCCGCCUAGGGGCUCGCCCUCCGCGCCAUCCCCGCCGGUGCCCUGCGGUGACUUCCCAGACUGCACCUACCCUCCGGAAGGCGACCCCAAAGAGGACGUGUUCCCUCUUUACGGCGACUUCCAGCCUCCCGGCUUGAAGAUCAAGGAGGAGGAAGAGGGCGCGGAUGCUGCUGAGCGCUCGCCGCGCCCCUACCUGUUGGCGGGAGCCAGCUCCUCCACCUUCCCAGACUUCCCGCUGGCGCCGGCGCCGCAGCGAGCGCCAUCCUCCAGGCCGGGAGAAGCGGCGGUGGCCGGCGGCCCCAGCAGCGCCGCGGUGUCGCCAGCGUCCUCCUCGGGCUCCGCGCUGGAGGGCAUCCUGUACAAAGCGGAGGGCGCGCCGCCCACGCAGGGUUCGUUCGCGCCACUGCCGUGCAAGCCCCCGGCCGCCGGCUCCUGCCUGCUUCCCCGGGAUAGCCUGCCGGCCGCCCCGGCCAACGCGGCAGCGCCCGCCAUCUAUCAGCCUCUCGGCCUCAAUGGGCUCCCGCAACUGGGCUACCAGGCCGCGGUGCUCAAGGACAGCCUGCCCCAGGUCUACCCUCCAUACCUCAACUACCUGAGGCCAGAUUCGGAAGCCAGCCAGAGCCCACAGUAUGGCUUUGAUUCCUUACCUCAGAAGAUCUGCUUAAUCUGCGGGGAUGAAGCAUCUGGCUGUCACUAUGGCGUGCUUACCUGUGGGAGCUGCAAGGUCUUCUUUAAGAGGGCAAUGGAAGGGCAGCAUAACUACUUAUGUGCUGGAAGAAAUGACUGCAUUGUUGAUAAAAUCCGCAGAAAAAACUGCCCAGCAUGUCGUCUGAGAAAGUGCUGUCAGGCUGGCAUGGUCCUUGGAGGUCGUAAGUUUAAGAAGUUUAAUAAAGUCCGAGUUAUGAGAGCCCUUGACAGUGUUGCUCUCCCCCAGUCAGUGGGCCUUCCUAACGAGAGCCAGACCCUGGGCCAGAGAAUCACCUUUUCACCAAAUCAAGAAAUUCAGCUGGUCCCACCACUCAUCAACCUGCUCAUGAGCAUUGAGCCUGAUGUGGUCUAUGCAGGGCACGACAACACAAAGCCUGACACUUCCAGCUCUUUGCUGACCAGUCUCAACCAACUAGGCGAGAGGCAACUGCUUUCAGUAGUCAAAUGGUCUAAAUCUCUGCCAGGUUUCCGGAACUUACACAUCGAUGACCAGAUAACCCUGAUUCAGUACUCCUGGAUGAGCCUGAUGGUGUUUGGCCUGGGGUGGAGGUCGUACAAGCAUGUCAGUGGGCAGAUGCUGUAUUUUGCACCUGAUCUAAUCUUAAAUGAGCAGAGGAUGAAGGAGCUGUCAUUCUACUCGCUGUGCCUUACCAUGUGGCAAAUCCCACAGGAGUUUGUCAAGCUCCAGGUGACCCAUGAGGAGUUCCUCUGUAUGAAAGUCUUACUACUUCUUAACACAAUUCCUUUGGAAGGAUUGAGGAGUCAAAGCCAGUUUGAAGAGAUGAGAUCAAGCUAUAUCCGCGAAUUGAUCAAGGCAAUUGGUUUAAGACAGAAAGGGGUGGUCCCCAGUUCACAGCGCUUCUAUCAACUCACAAAACUUCUCGACAGUUUGCAUGAUCUUGUGAAACAGCUCCACCUGUACUGCUUGAAUACAUUCAUCCAAUCCCGGACACUGGCUGUGGAAUUUCCGGAAAUGAUGUCUGAAGUGAUUGCUGCGCAGUUGCCCAAGAUCCUGGCAGGCAUGGUGAAACCUCUCCUCUUUCACAAAAAGUGACGACGACUUUCCUUUGUUUUCUUUGUGAAAAUUGAAUUUUGUGGUGUGUCAUCUUUUUCUCAGUCAGGGUGGUCAGGUCUUGUGUCUUUAUAAUGUCCUUCUGAUAGCCUUACUUGUAUGCAUAUCACACUGUAAAGUUAGGAGAAAACCAAUGAGAUACUGACUUUCCUUUGUAAUGUCUAAGCAGUUUUUAAAGUGUUGUGUGCACCCAUAUUUUGAGAGUUUACAUGGUUUAAAAAAAAGGACUAAAAUUGAUUGUAUAGGUAAACUAUAUCUCACCCAUUAUUUCAAACUUUUCAGAUGAGUCAAUCAACCUUUGCACCCGACAGAGCUCCAUGAGAAGGGAGCGACACCCCUACCUUUAAUUGCAACAGGAUGCUACGCAGGCCACAGCUAUGUAGUUCCUUUGGUCUCCAUGCUUAUAUUUCCAAAAAUGACUUUAAAAUGGCAGUCAAAAUGUGAUGUGAAACAGAUUUUUAGAGGGCUUUUAGUGAAAAAAAAAAACAGAGAUGAAUUGGGUUGAUGUUUUUAAACUCUAGGCAAACUAUUCAGGGUGCCUGCCUGAAAGCAGAUUGAUGACAGAGUUAAUGGCAGCUAUACAGUUGCUGUGACAUUAUUGAAGAUGGGUUUGGGGGAGUAUGUCUUUAAAUAAGUCCUGUGAAUAGACAGAAAUUGUGAGAUCUGUUUUUCUCAUCGGAAUCCCUGAGGUUGACUGACCUUACAAAGUCGGUCUCCAUUGGUAGUUCUAUGUCAUUGCUUUUAAAAAUGAUAUGGCAGCAUUUCUCUUGACAAAUGUUUCCUUUGGCCAUACUGACAUUUACCAAAGAAGCCGGGGGGGGGCGGGGAGGGAACGAGGGAGAAAGGCAAGGGGGGAGAUAAAGACCAUUUCUUUCUUGGGGUAGUGUUUUUCUCUAGAAAACUGUAUAGAGCAAAUCAGCGAAUCUCAGGUGGAAAGCAUUUUUAGUGCCUCUAAAUCUGAAAGAGAUGCUUUAGAAAUAGACAAGUCUCAGUGAAAAGUUUUGAGUGCCUAUGACCCAAUUCUAAGUGAGAUGCUUCAGGAAAUCCUAGAUACUUGCUUUCAAUCACACAACUAGGUACAACACAACAGAUAAAACACAGUUCCGUUUGUCAUUUCUACUUAAAAUAUUCCUUUGAAAGACAGAUAAUAGUUCUUUUCUAAGAUGAGUCACUGGAGGUAUAUUAACUUAAAAAACAACUCAAACAUAUAAACAUACACUAUUAUGGUAUCUACAUAAAUAGUGAGUUCUUUAGCACAUUUGGAAUAGGGAUUAAAGUGGAGUCUAAUCAGAACCCUUGACUUGUGUUCCCUUCAUGCAUGUGGCAAUCAUAAUGGCUUUCCUGCACAGCAGUACCUUGGUUCGAGCAGUCAGUCAAAGUUUUGCCCAAGUACUCCAAUGGUCAGCAUUAGUAAAUAGAUGCUCUUCCUAUUGGUCUACAUGCCUCCUUCUGCAAUAUGUCUGAAAUGCAUUAUGUUCUUUACUGGUGCUUGGCUCUUCAAAAUCUCCGUACACACAGGCAUACUUCAUUUUUCAGGCCAAAACGGGAUCAGAUUCCUUGGGCUACAUCCUAACAGUUAUUUUUUUAAUUCUUCAACUUACCCUGCUGCCGUUAUGUUCCUGCUAUGCCAAUCUUUACGUACGAAAAAGAAAGAAAGAAAACAAUUUUCUACCAGAACUUGACUCCAGACUCACGCAUGUGUCAACCUUCAAGGUCCCCCUUAUCAUUCCUGUAAAGUCUUUCUCAGUCUCUCAUACUGUGAUUUGAUCCCUCAUCUGUUUCCAAGAAGUUGUUUAAAUUACAAUAAUAUGUAGCUGCACCAUUCUAAUGGUCCACAGGUCUAGGGCUAGUGCUAAGGAAGACCAUAGUGUUUCGUGACAGAGUUGACUGUGACAUUUGUCCUGCUGAGUCUUCUGAGUGACAUUGAUAAACCUCUUCUUGUGUCUUCAUUACUCAUUUUAUCUGCAACUUUGUUUCUCUUCAUUUCCAAGCUAUAUUUUCCCUAACCUGUGAUAACUUGCCUUUUAUUGACUACGUCAUGGAAGCACAUUUUAUAUGCAAUUAGAAGAAAAUCAUCCAUUUCCUGUUCUGAACUGAAUGAAUGGAAUAUUAAUUCCUUCCCUAUAAAAGAUUCUAUAGACUCUGACAUGUUUUAUAUUGCAAACCUCAAUGUAAAAAUUUCCCCGCAUUUUUUAUUUUCUUCAACAAAUAUUUUUGAGUGCCUAAUGUGAGCAUAAGAAUCAUAUGAAUAAGCUUUAAUAGAAACUGGAGCUAAAGGAAACUAUAUGUAACUCAAGAAGUUAUAGCCCAGGAGUUGUACAAAUAUAAUGUCUGCUAAGUGCAGGGCCACUAGAUAUUUGAAGUAUAUAAACUACAUCCUUAAGAUUUGAUAGGUGAAAGGCAUUAUGGCAUUACUUAUGUACAACUUGAAUCAGAUAAGUGGUAAAAAAGUAGUAUUUUAAAAUUAAUAAUUAUUUCAUCUAGGCAACUGCCACCAAUUAAUUUGCUUUAAACUUUUGUGUAUAUUUGUAUAUUGGAAAAGCUUUUAAUACCAUUUUUCAAAAAUAUAAUUAUAAUAAAAUAUUUUUAAGAUAUCUCAAACAGAAUACCUGGGGAACUUUUGUUCUGUGGCAGUUGUAUUCGUUGUGAGAAAUUGUUGAACCAAGAACAAUGUCAUGAGUCCUUUUAAUAAAGUAAUGGACCCUGAAACACUAGAUACAAUCAUUAUUCAGUUAUUCAUUAUUCAUUAUUCAAUCAGUUUUCCUUUGAAUUGAAGGAUUAAUUUGAUAGUAGUUAUCUUUGUAUAUCAGCACAGUUUAACUUUCAAAAUAAUGAAAAGUUUCUAAUUUCAUUUAACAAUGGGGAAAUAAAGUAUGUUGUCCCCAGGACUGAAUUUUAUAGCGGCCCUUGUUUUGGAACUGUCUAAAAACACUUGAUAGUCUUGACCUUGAUUUCCAUACGUAGUUUAAAUGUCUAAACACCAGGUUUUAAUAUUUAAGGCUAAGCUUAGAAAGAAAAAUAUUCCCAGAAGAACAUGACCUGAACAAAUGGAAGUUAUCUCAUCUCCAAAUCUUUUACUCUACAAUUCCAACUGCGAGGACUCCAUGCCUGUGUAGUCAUCGUAACCUUUCUCUCCACCCUGAAGACCAUGCUCUUUGGGUUGCUCUAAACUAAAAUAAAAGCUUAAGAACAAAGGAAAUACUUGAAGCUUAGAUCAUUUUGCUUACUGACAUAUUUCAUUUACAAAAGUUAGGAAAAUGAUUUGUGUCUAAAGAGAUGGCGUGUCCAGUAUUGUUUUGUGGAACUAUUUUGUUUCUGGUGUAUAAAAACAAGGCACGUUUAGUUAGGCAAUGCUUUUCCAUUGUACUUUUUCACACUUAACUUUAAGUUUUACUAUUGUACAUUGUAUGAAAUAAAAUAUUUUUAAAUAGCCACAGUAAAUCAACUUGUAACUUCUAAAUUAUUGCCAACUAUAGCGAUAGACUUAAUGAUGUAUAUAAAGGGCUAUCCUGUGACUGUGCUCACUUCUUGGUUACUUGCUGGCUACAUGAGUGUAAUAUAGAGCUAUUUCAUUAAACUUUACCCAACUGAUUUGCAAAUAAUAGGCACAGGAUAUAUAUCUGUGCACGUAUAUACAGAUGUUCAGAAAUAGCAUUUCCAUAAUUUCAUCUUCAUUAUGCCACAAUCUUGUUAUAACCUUGCCAUGCGAAUCUGUUCUAGUCACUAGUGAAACCUGGGAUGUUGGAAAUCUGAUUAUUUUCCUUCUCCCACUGUUUACUAUGAAAUAUUUUUAUCAAUUCAAUGUGUGUUUAUUUAUUUUCCUGAAUAAAAUGUAGUUCUUUGAGUUUAAGGCCUGAAUUAUAAGAAAUCUAAAGAGCAUAUCACCCUUUGCUUAUAAUAUCUAAUAGAUAUAGUAUUAAUUUUUGACAUUUCCCACAAACUCUUAAAUAUCGAGACAGCCUAUGCAGAGCAGAGCAGAGCUCUCUCACAAACUGUAUGAAAAGUUAUUCUUCUCGUCAUCUAUAACAUCUGACAAUGGGAUCCAAAACUUAUGAUACAAUCAACUCCACACAUAGUAUUAUUCUGAUUAUAAGAACUUUCCCUGCCCACUGGAUCUGGUAGCCUUAAUUCCUUUAAUAAUUGCUACAACUUCUGUUUUUGCUAGGAACAUUUGGAUCAUCUCUGUUUUCCCUUGUUAAUCAGAUUUCAGGCUGGAAUAUGAACCCUUUAAAUCUCUUUCAAACUCCAUAGCCUCAUGUGUAAGAAGCACUCAAGACUUAAGAAUAUGUUUUCACAAUUUUUAAUCCAUAUUCUUAAACUGCAUCUUUAUUUUUAUUGCAUAAUUCAGCAACCACUCUCUUAAGGAUAGAAGUAGUUGGACAAGAGGAAGACACUAAGGAAAGCAUAACUUUCUCUUGCCUAUGAUCUGCCUUUCAGACAGAGAAAACAUAUUCAUCUCUUAAUUUCCAAAAGAAAUCCAAAGGUGGAUACUCUAGGAAAAGACUGUCAACCCCCAAGUGGCUCACACACUAAACCAAGUCAUGCCAUAAUUUUCAUUAGCAGAAUAUCACCAGGAGUCCAUGAUGUUACUCGUGUCUUUAUUUGAGGUUGGGCACUAAGUUCAAUGUCUACCUCUACCUCUGGUCUGCCACUUGUCUAGCAUAACAUUGUUUCAUACCCUCUGGCCUUUAAAGUAAAAAUGAAUGAAAAGCCAUAGAGCAUCUAACUGUCCAUCCACGGGAUGGAAUACAGUUGGAUAGGAAUUGUGCUCCACGUCAUGAUAUGAAUCAAAGUUAAACAAGACCUAGAUAGCCAGCUUCAGGUUGAAUUCCACCUUUAUUUAGACUCAGGGGUUGGAGGAGACCCUGCAGACCACUAGUUUCUCAGACCUACCCUUCACCAAAGUUAUUUCUUCAAUACUGAAGCUAAACGUUGUGUGUGUUAAUGCCUUCCUGGACCCCAAGGACUGUGUAGGCUGAGGCAGGAUUGCACAAUCUAAACCAGCCUGGGCCACACAGUUAGU